AUAUAAAUCUGUGAAAGAUGUUUAUUCUGUAUGAAUUGCAACCGAUACUAAACGUAUAGUUAGAAUCUAGUGAUCAGUUGAACUUACUAACAAUGUUUCUUCUCACUAAAGCAAAGUUGUGCAUAGCAUUUCUGCUGGCAUCGGUGUGGAUAGCUAGAACUGCAUCCGUGUACAAUUUAUACUUCAUGGUGGAUAUCUGUCUUGAUAAUGUAACUUCAAUUAUACUUGGUCAAGCGUUUAAUUCAACUGGCAUGAUGAAAGCUUUUAGAAAUGAAUGGGAACAAGGUCCUAAGAACUGUACUAUAUCUUUGAUUGCUCAAAAGCAUGAUGGAAUUGUUAUUAAUGUUCAGUCUUUAAACUUUCAAGAAGGCUGCGAGAAGAACAAGUACUUACAAUUCACCGAUGGCGAUGAAACAGUGAAACUCUGUGAAUCGCAUAACAGAUCAAUAAAUAAAAGCGCGCUUACUUCAAUAUUUUACAAAAAUGCAGUAAAUAUCAGCUAUAACACAGGAGAUGGAGAUGCACGACCUGAAUUUAGGUUUGUAUUUACUGCAUUUAAAAAAGGUCCAUGUACUGACAGAUACUCGUUCAGAUGCUCUCUGGGCACGUGCAUUUAUAAGCAAUUAGUAUGUGACUCUAGAAACAACUGUGGUGACAAUUCUGAUGAGGAGAUAGAAACGUUUAUGUCUCGCUGUAUGAUGGUUAGGCAAUCAACCUGGAUGUGGUUGGCAAUGGUCAUGUUUCUGCCUUUCGUUUUGGUCGGCUGUGCGUUAGGUAUGUGCGUUUUUCUUAAAAGAAGGAAGACAAUGCGUUUUCAUCAUAUAGGUUCGGUGCACAGACAAUCAAGAACUUGUCAUGAAGUUAGUUCUCCGUCGCUUUUGCAGUCUUCGCAAACAGCACCCCUAACGCAACAGGAAAAGUCAUCUCCAAGUGCACCGUCUUCUUCAAGCUCUAGGGUACCGUUAGAUAAUAGAAAUUCCUUCCAAACCACAAUUCAUCCAACCUUGCUGAUUCCUGUAAUUGAAAGCUCUAAAUCAUUUUAGUAAUAUCUGUUUUUAUAAGUCCAUCUAAUCUCAUUUUAUUAAUAUUUUAGGAAGAAAUACUGUUAUUCUUUUCAAGUAAAAUAAUUGUUCUUAUAUAAGAUCAAUACAAAAUUGCAUGUGAAACUUUGAAUUAUUCGAUCAAAAUGCAAAUUAUUUGUUACAAUUGCUCUAAAAUGUUUGAACUCAAGUUUGUUUCUAAGUCUGCCAACUGUAAUUACUCGAGUACUUAUCACAUUUCUCACAAUUAUGUGAGAAAUUCGUCGACUAUAGUGUCCUCCAAAACUGAAGUUAGUAUUGAAAAUAUUUCAAGAACUUUUGUAGACUAAAGGCAAAGUUUGUGAAGCAAAUGAAUUCAUAUAUUAAGAGAAUCCUUAUGUAAACCUUUAUGAUAUUUCAUACCUUAUGUUCUUAUAUAGGAAAUUCUGUGUUAAA